AUGCUGCGGCUGCUGGCGCUCGGCGUCGCUGCACUGCUGCUGCUGCUGCUGCUGCUGCUGGCGCUGCGACCGCGCGGCGUGCCCGCGGGGCCCCCGGAGCUCUCGGGCGACGUGGGCGCUCCGCUGGGCGCGGUCGCCGACGACCGCAGCCUCCUGCGGCAAGGCGCCGCCGCCUUCCGCCGGGGCGACGACGCGACGGCCGUGCGGUGCCUGCACGCGUGCCUGAGCGACACCAGCGCACCGCUGGACACCCGUGCAGCCUGCAAGACGGUGCUGGGCGAGAUGCACCUGGUGGGCGCGGGCGUGCCGAAGAACCUCACCGAGGCGUGGGCGCUCUUCCAGGCGGCCGCCGACGCUGGCGACGCUGAGGCUCAAUUCAACUUGGCCUUGCUGUACUCUGCCGUGCACGCAGAGGGGGACGACGUGUUCCGGCGCGAGGCGCUCGCGGUGCUCUGA